AUGGCCUCAAACACAAACCCGGGAAACUUCAGCAACCGCCCCCACGAAGAGGUUGAAAACAUUGCCCGCAAGGGUGGCCAAAGCUCUCACUCUGGAGGUUUCGCCAGCAUGGACCCUGACAAGCAGAGAAACAUCGCUUCCAAGGGUGGUCAGGCCUCGAGCGGAAGCUUUGAACCCGGUGAUCCUAGAGCCCGCGAGGCCGGCCGCAAGGGUGGCUCAAGAACUCAAUAUGACCAACCCGAGGAGUAA